UGUGAUUCAGAGCUUUCCGAGCCUUUGUAGUCGGGAGUCGGGAGUGUUUUCUGUUUUCUCCUUCAGUAGUGUUUUGCACUGCAUUCGUGAUGCACUUUUACUCGUUCGGCAGUGCAUCAUAAUCCUUGUGCAUAGCUUAAUUACAUUGUGCUCAACGUACGGGAAGAAAUCGCAAUAGUUUAUCAGUUCGCAAGUGCGUUGUAGACGCGUCCGCCCAUCGAUCCGUCAGCCUGCAUCGUCAACUUGACCUAGAGAAAGCGAGUCACGAUAUUUUGAUUACCAGCAGUUUCGGUUUUGCUUAUCAGUGGAAGAUGUAUUUUGUCGCUUAGAAGAGUGUUUUUAUUAGGGGCAUUGCUUUGUGUUCCAUCCCUCAAGCGCAUUGGAAGUCGUGGCGAGAUAGUUUGCGGCUGUGGGUGCGUUUCAGAUCUAAGGGCAAGAAUAGCGGAAUGGAUUACGCAACGAGUGUAACCCGCAGGCCUCUGCUCCAGGAUGAGGAGGAUGACAGCGAAGCUACCUUUUUGGACGAUGGCCACUAUGCGGGAUCGAUCAAUGCUGGGUCGGUGAAUAACAUUCCAACAACGACGACCGUGGGAACCCGAAGUGGGACACGAAACCAUCGCCAGGACGAUGGUAGCCUUAGGGUGGCCCCGGUGGACAAAUACAAUUUUACCUAUGCAGUAUUCUAUCUACUUGGCAUGACUACGCUACUGCCAUGGAAUUUUUUCGUCACUGCUGAGGAGUACUGGCAUUUCAAAUUUCGAAACAUAUCCAGCAACGAUACCAGCGCGCUCACCCCGCGUCAACUGGAGUUCCAGUCUGAUCUCAGCAUAGCUGCGUCCGUGCCGAGCACGUUAUUCCUCCUACUAAAUGCAUGCUUUGGACACUAUAUUUCGCUACGAUUGCGAAUGGCCGGAUCGUUAGUAAUGAUGUUCCUAAUAUUCAUUGGAACAACUGCUCUGGCGCAAGUCGACACCGAUCAGUGGCAGGAUGCUUUCUUUCUCAUAACCCUCACAUCGGUCGUUGUUGUCAAUGCUUUUUCAGCCAUCAUGUCUGGCAGCCUGUUUGGAAUUGCCGGGCAAUUCUCGUCAGACUACAUGUCAGCCGUGGUGAGCGGACAAGCACUAGGAGGAAUCUUUUCGGCAUUAGCCGAAAUCAUUGCCCUGACGUUUGGAGCCGCCCCCACCGUGACUGCCUUUGUGUUCUUCAUUGUGGGAACCCUGGUGCUACUGUGCUCUCUAGUUUUGUACGUGGUGAUGUCCAAAACACUUUUCUUCAAGUACUACACAUCGCCUCGUACAUUAAUGAAAAGUUCACUCGAUGUAGACGAAUUGACUCGUGAGCUACUACCACGGCAGGACCCUACAUUCCUCGGCGUACUGCGCAAGAUUUGGUUGUUUGGAUUCUCCGAGUGGCUAGUGUUUGUAACCACGCUCUCGAUCUACCCUGCUGUUACUAUUUUGGUGGGAUCGCAAUCACAGAGUCAUCCGUGGAAAGAUGUAUACUUCUUGCCUGUAGUAAACUAUCUCCUGUUCAAUACGGGAGACUACCUCGGAAGGGUAUGCGCCGGUUCAUUUGAAUGGCUUUCAGGCAGUCCAUUCUUGCUGAGCAUCGCUACCAUCAGUCGUAUUGCAUUCGUGCCUAUGAUGCUGCUGUGUAACAUACGACCGCAUCACAGUUUCCCAGUGAUGAUUCACUCGGACUACAUCUUCAUAGCGCUGAUGGCAGGAUUUGCGCUAUCGAACGGAUACAUUGCCAAUAUUGCCCUAAUAGGAGCACCGAAAGCAGUGGAUCAGCCAGAGAAGGAGAUGGCUUCCUCUAUGAUGGCUGCCUUUCUGGGAGUGGGCCUAGCAUGUGGUUCCACAAUCAGUUUUAUGAUAAUCGAAAUGAUCAAGUGAGCUAUUACCCUUUAUCAAAAUCGAAAGGGUGACCGAAUUUAUGGUGAGUCCACAAACUGACAGAUCUGCGAUAUUCCAGUUAAGAUUUAUUGUUGAGAAAAUAUAGAAGAAAAACUUUAAUUUUAGAAUGCGUAGGUAUUCGAAUGUGGCUGAUAUCGUAAACUUAGCAGGGCGGGUUUAUGUUUUUAAUACUAAGAUAACCAUAUUUAUAAAAGCGUAUUCAAUCAAAGGACCCUAUCCACGUAAACUGAAGUAUAUGCAGCGGAAUAUAUAUUAGCAAUUUCGUAUUGUAAUUGUAUGUUCAUCAAGAUAA